UUAUUUCCCUGAACCGCGGCUGCUCCUCAGCCUCGGAGCUGGAACUCGGCUCUCCGGACCAGCUCACUCGGACGGGCGCCGCUCGGACUUUGGAGCGAGACUCCGCCGCGGUUCUGCUGACCGGACCGACGCCGCGCGGAGAAGUUUGUGCGCAGCCGCGAGGGGUUUUUUGAGGACGAACAGAUGGGAAUCUGCAAAUCUGAACCAUGUUGGAGCUCCACCUGCUUUCUGUUUCGUGAUUUCUUCAGUUAAAUGAGGUUAUUAGAUUAAGUGUGACACCAGGGGAAGAUAGAGCUCUGUUAGACGACCUUACCGAUGAUGUAAUCCCGGCCUUCGCCUCUGUUUUUGCAAUGGGAACCACUUUGGACGCAGAGAAGCACCAGCCCCUCCUGCAGCUCCAGGAGGUGGACUCCAGUCGGACGGGCAGUUGCGUCCUCUCCCCGAACCUUAACUCCUCCUCCCCUGGUUUGUCCCACGACACCAGCCAGCCUAUCUGCAUCCCGGCGCCGUACGCCGACCUCAGCCACGACUUCACCAGCAUACCUUUCUACAACCCGACCAUCUUCAGCUAUGCCAGCCCCAGCAUGUCCGAGUGUCCUUCUGUCCACCAGUCGCUAAGUGCCUCUUUGUUCUGGCAAAGCCACAGCCAUGUGGGGCCGCCGAUACCCCUGCACCGCUCCCAGGCCCGGGCGCAGCACGGCCAGCCCAUCCAGAGCCCGUGGGACGGGGUCUUAACCACCAGUAAGGGUGUGAGGAGGCGCUCCCAGGAGAGUGAAGAGGCCGUGGUGUCAUCAGGUGGCAAGUCUGAACUCCAUUACUGUGCUGUGUGCCAUGACUACGCUUCCGGAUACCACUACGGCGUGUGGUCAUGCGAGGGCUGCAAGGCCUUCUUCAAGAGGAGCAUCCAAGGACACACCGACUACAUCUGCCCUGCAACCAACCAAUGCACUAUAGACAAGAACCGGCGCAAGAGCUGCCAGGCCUGUCGCCUUCGAAAGUGCUACGAAGUCGGCAUGACCAAAUGCGGCGUUCGCAAAGAGCGCGGCAGCUACCGGAGUGCGCCGGCGAGGAGAGUCGGCCGCCUGUCCUCGCAGAGCCGGAUCAGCGGGCCCAAGGUGUCAAGCGGACCCAAGGAGAGUUCGGGGAACGAGUCGAGCUCGCUUCACCUGACUCCAGAGCAGCUGAUUGAGCGGAUGAUGGAGGCGGAGCCUCCGGACAUCUACCUCAUGAAGGACACUAAGACACCGCUGACGGAGGCUGUCGUGAUGAUGUCACUCACCAACCUUGCUGAUAAGGAGCUGGUUCACAUGAUCAGCUGGGCCAAGAAGAUUCCAGGGUUCGUGGAGCUCAGCCUCCUGGAUCAGGUUCAUCUGCUGGAGUGCUGCUGGCUGGAGGUGCUGAUGAUGGGACUGAUGUGGAGGUCAGUGGGUCAUCCAGGAAAACUCAUCUUCUCCCCUGACCUCAGCCUGAGCAGAGAGGAAGGCAGUUGUGUCCAGGGCUUCGUGGAGAUCUUCGACAUGCUGAUCGCUGCCACGUCCAGAGUCAGAGAGCUCAAGCUGCAGAGGGAGGAGUACGUCUGCCUCAAGGCCAUGAUCCUCCUUAACUCCAACAUGUGCCUGAGCUCCUCUGAGGGGGGGGAGGAACUGCAGAGCCGCUCCAAGCUGCUACGCCUUCUGGACACCGUGACGGACGCUCUGGUCUGGGCCAUCGGCAAAAGUGGACUCACCUUUCGCCAGCAGUACACGCGUCUCGCCCACCUGCUCAUGCUGCUGUCACACAUCCGCCACGUCAGCAACAAAGGCAUGGACCACCUGCACUGCAUGAAGAUGAAGAACGUGGUGCCUUUGUACGACCUGCUGCUGGAGAUGCUGGACGCUCACAUCAUGCACAGCUCCCGCCUGCCUCGCCAGCCCCCCCAGCAGGACGCCGCCGACCCAACAGAGAACUCCGCUCAUGUGCAAAGAUCCUGCUGCGGGGUGUCCAAAGCCUGGACUCCCAGCAGCCCCGGAGCCGCAGGUGCAGCCCAAAAGUCUGACUAGAACUAGAAAGCUACAGGUUCUCCUCAGCCCGGCCCACCAAGACCGGGAUCUGGCUUCUCUGACCCAGAGAACUGGAAACGUUGAGCCUGAACAGCAUCAGUCAGGACGGAAAACUUUCAGGACUAGGAGCAGCUAAAGCGGGAUGGGAAAAGACCCGCCCCCUUCACCUCCAAGCUGCUCAGCAUUCAGGGACCUGGAUCUGGUGUGUUCAGUCAGUCAGAAUUCAGAGCCCAAUUAUCCAGGGUAUUGUUGUUGGAACAAACCCAAAACAGCCGCGCAGCUCUGGUCUCGUCUCAGCUAAACGACUGUUGGUAAAAAAAACUAAAACAAAGUCGCAGUCAGAUCGGCACCGCUACGGAAACUGAACGUGGAAUCGAUCCUCGAGACGCCUUUGUCUGCAGGAACAGAACCGGUUCCCUCAGAGCUUGGUGGGUCUCAACGCUUCAGCAGAGCUCUCUUCGAUCUUUUGUUGGAAGCUAUUGUCAAUCCACAGAAGUGGGUUUUGUGUUGUUGGCUCUCUACAAACUGUCAAUAGAAGGAUCCAACAGAGCGUCCUCCAGAGAUGCUCUACGUUUCCCGCCUCAGACCUGCCAUCAUGUUUGCUCCUUUUCUCCACUAUGAAGCCAUCAAACUCCUCCAUCUCCUCCUGAAUGACGGCGUUUGGUUCUGAUGGAGGUUCCUUCGUCGUCAUCUCUCUUCAGUUUCAUCUCUUCCUUCUUUACGCCGUUAUUUGGUUCAGAAAUGGGCUCUUAUUGAAAUAGUCUGGACUGGACUGGGGAUGUAAUCAUUUCUGUUGCUUGGUUUCUUCUCGUAGCACCUUAAGACGGUUAUGAAUUGACGCUUUAUGAAUAACUGUAUUGUUCUUUUGACUCUUGGUGUACGUGACGUGUGCUGCAGCCGGAAGGUUCCUUAACAGUUUUGCACUUGAGAUUUUUCUUUUUGUUUUUGUGCGUUUCGGCUGCUUCCAUUAUGAGUAAACACGAGGACCUGUGGCCAAACCUGAUCUUAAACCGACAGUCCACAGAAGCGCCUACUGUUCAAAAGUACGUUUUCUUGUUAGUUUUACCUUCAGAAAGUCCUUUUCUGUUCUUGAAGAGAAUUUAAGGUUUCAAAACACAAAGUAAUAUGAUCUACUCCCAAAAAUUCCAACGCUAAUGUGAAGCUAACUCGGAUUAGCAUGGUGUUACAACAGCUCCUUCUACAACAAAGGAACCCAUGGCGCCAUCUAGCAUUUGUACGCACUAUUACAGAAAGAUGCAAAUGAAGAUGAAGGUGCAGACUUGAAAAAAAUCUCCACUGGGGUUUGGCCGUCUACAUCUUAUUUAAGGUGGCGUUCAGGUUUCAUACCUGAGUUUCUGAAACCUGUCCUCGACACAAAAGGGAGGUACCAAUUUAGAAUGAUAUUUCUAAAAGAAAAAAAAAAACA